AUGCCGUCAGGAGAGCAUGAGGAUUCGCUAACAGUCAUGAAUUUCAAUACCUACCUGCUGGAAGUGAGCGUGGGAUUUCAAGUACUACGGAAACCUAAUAUGGAGCAACGUGCUGCUGGAAUAGAGGAGUGGUUCAACAGGUUGAGUUUGGAGGAGCUACCUGAUGUAUUAGUUUUAAACGAAAUCUAUUCUUAUAGGGCUGAACUGUUGGUGCAACGCAUUGCCUGCAAGCAAUGGUCCAAGAACAAGUCGAAGUAUGUGUGGGGCGAUCGCCGCAUCAUGCAGUGCGAUCGUACAUCCAACUUCCAAGCAGUCACAGCAGUUGUGAAUGCAACAUCUGUUGCAAAUCCAGUGAAAGAGGGUGGAGUUGUAGUCUUAGUCAAACGGGGGCUCCAAAUGCUUUCAGCUGAGGAGCGAGUCUUCAGGCACGCAUCGGGUUCUGAUUGGAUGUCGCGCAAGGGGUUCUGGGCCGUGAAAGUGCAGAAGGGCAGUAAAGGGUACUGGGUGCUUGCAACCCACACGCAGGCGUGGCCUGGUGUGCAAGAAACGCAGAUACGGCUCUCGCAGUUCCGCCAGAUGAGGGCAUUCGUCGACGAGGUCGUCGAGGAUGGGUCUCGCGUCUGCUUCGCCGGGGACAUGAACAUUACCACUCACCCGAACGAGCUCACGGGACCUGGGAACGAGCAGUUCGGAAUGUGCCAAGCCCUUGGUGCUCCUGGUGUACCAGCGAUGGCGGGCAGCCUUGUGAAGCGGGGAUUCUGGGUGCAGCUCGACGCCGAUCUGGAGUUCAGUGCCGAUGCUGAUUCCAAUCAUUAUGUCAGCUGUGAUGCCACAGCGAGGGAACAUGGAUCGCAGCAGCUCGAUUGGAUCAUCGCACCUGGAGUCGGCGACCGGCUGGCUGCGCCAAACGCCAUGCGUUUCCAGUACGUCCCAGUGAAGGCAUCCAACCCAUUCGCGUCGGAGCUCGUCAAGGGGGUCCAGGCAGACGACCUGUCGGAUCACUAUGCGGUGUUCGCACAUCUGUGGUACGGACUGGGCGAGUGUCCCAGCAUAGCUUCGAUUUGCGGCCACCGCGGGACGAUCAGGCGCGUCCCCUGA